AUGCAGACAGCAAUGCUGACUGGCCUGGUCGGAAUCAACAAGCCUCUUGAGCCAAUAUGCCCUACUUCCAACUGUGAUUAUCCUGAUUUGUCUACACUGGGAAUAUGUUCGCUCUGUGACGAUGUGACAGAAAAAGCAACCCAAACCUGUUUGCCCAUCAGUUCCAACUCCACAUUGAGAGUUAGCUCUAUUUUGGGGGAUCUUGGUGGAGAUGACCGUCACUUUGCAUCAGCUCAUGCCAGUUGUUCUUACUCAUCUCCAAGUGGGCUCAUCCUUGACGCGCCGCUCUUUGAUACCGUAACUUAUGGAAAAGAACUGCUGCAGAUGGUUCCUCAAUCCUUCACCUCUAUCGCCAGGUCUAAUAAUCAUACAAUCAGUUCAGUUUUCAUGGCCACGUACGACAGCCCACUUCUUUACACCCCUGAGAACCUUACUGCCCCUGAGAAAAGGCCCAAGAUGACCGAAUGUUCACUAUAUCCAUGUGAAAGGCUAUAUACACAGAACCAUGUCUCGACUAAGAGCCGUGCUCUCCAAGUUUCAAAGAGCCAGGCAAUGGUCAAUGCCUCUAUAUCCAAUAACUGGAUUCACCUUAUUCCCAAAAAUAGAGUGACCUUUCUGCCCAAUUCAAACUAUUCCAUCCAUUGGAAAACUUGGGAUCUUCUGAGAAAAGCUACUAGCAUCUUCAACACCACGCUCGAUCAACAACCCUUAGAGAAGGAGCCCGGUAUACGGUUAGGCCCUAUUAUGUAUAAUAGCGACAAUAUCACCGAGUCGUUUGCCCAGAUGGCCACUAGCAUGACUGAUAAUAUGCGUUCCGGUAAGGGGACCAUCCAUGUCCCCGGGCGAGCAUUUCUAACUGAGACGUAUAUCCACGUUCGCUGGCUAUGGAUUAUGCUUCCAGUAACAUUAAUUGUCUUGUCAAUUCUGCAUCUAACAGUCAUGGCGGUCAUGAGUCGCGGUCAACCUGUGCUGUGGAAAUCGUCUAUCCUACCAGUCAUCAUGGGCCGCUUGGAGACGACGCCUGAGCAUGAGAUUGCUCAUCUACGUCAUAUGGGUGAAGUGCAAUCUAUUUCAAAGAAUAUUAAGACGGUGGUGAGACAAGAGGAUCGCCUUGUGUUUUCAGAGGAAGAUUAA